AUGCUGACUUCACGGGGAAUCGAAGCAAACUCUGAGAAAUGUGAGGCAAUACUUAAUAUGGCAAGUUUGAAAACAAUAAAGGAAGUACAACAACUAGCACGGAGAGUGGCCGCCUUGUCAAGAUUUUUGCCAACGGUAUCAAACCGAUCAUAUCACUUUUUCCAAACGAUAUCAAAAGGUAAAAAAUUCGAGUGGACAAAGGAAUGCGAGACGGAAUUUGCCAAACUUAAAGCCACCCUGUCUUCACCACCAGUACUACAAAGCCCAGAAGUUGGUAAACUCUUUCAAUCAAGACCAGCUCUGAAGUCACAAAUCCUGGCGGACUUCGUUUUCGAGCUCACACCUGAUGAGCAACACUACGAGAAGACUUGGGAAUUGCAAGUAGAUGGCGCAUCAAACCGAGAAGGAAGUGGAGACGGGAUAGUAUUAAAGGAGGGAGAAACAGUAAUGGCCGAGCUAUCACUUCAAUUCCACUUCUCAGCAAGCAAUAACCAAGCCGAAUACGAGGCGCUAAUAGCAGGAAUCAUACCCAACAACAAGACCAACCCUCAAAACUUUAGACAAAAAGCAAGUCUUUUUACAACAGUAUCAGGAGAGCUAUACAGGCGUGGUUUCUCAUACCCAUUACUGAAAUGCCUCGGCAAAGACAAAGCAAAUGAAGUAAUGAACGAGGUCCACGAGGGCGUAUGUGAAAACCACAUAGGAGGACAAGCUCUGGCAACAAAGAUUAUCCGAACAGGAUAUUACUGGCCAACGAUGAAGAGAGACAGCAUAACAAAGGUCAAAACCUGCGACAACUGUCAAAAGCAUGCCGCUAUCUCCAUGAAGCCCGCUGAGGUAAUGCACAGUAUGGAAGUAAGCUGGCCUUUCUACAGAUGGGGGCUCGAUAUCCUCGGCCCAUUUCCAAUAGCGCUAGGUGAGGUAAAAUUUCUUUUGGUUUCAAUAGAUUAUUUCUUAAAAUGGAUAGAAGCACAAUCACUAGCAAGAAUAACGGCUGAGAAGGUACGAUCUUUCAUAUGGAAAAACAUCAUAUGCCGGUUCGGAAUACCAAGGGAAAUAAUAUCGGAUAAUGGUAGACAAUUUACAGAUAAUAUACUUGCAUCAUUUUUGAAAAAUUUUAACAUACAGCACCAUUUUAGCUCGGUCGAACACCCACAAACAACUGGGCAAGCCGAAGCUGCUAACCGAAUAAUAUUGCAGGCAAUGAGAAAAAAGCUCAGCGAUGCAAAAGGUGAAUGGGCAGAUUUGAUCCCAGAAAUACUAUGGAGCUAUAACACGACGAUACAAACUACAACAGGCGAAACCCCAUUCAAACUUGUCUAUGGAACAGAGGCCCUGAUACUAGUCGAGGUCAGCAUCCCCACACUAAGGUUCGAGUUUUACCAUCACAAUCAUAAUAUAGAUACAAGAAAGGCCGAGCUAGACCUCGUGGAGGAAGAUAGGGACAUCGCUGCUAUUAAACAAAGAGCAAUGAAACAACAAGUAGAAAUAAGGCACAACAAAAGAGUAGUACCCAGGACGUUCAACGAAGGUGACCUGGUCCUCAGAGAACCGAGGAGGCAAGACGACCCCCAUCUCACGGGAAACUCACCGCAAAUUGGGAAGGACCAUUUCGGAUUUCAAAAGUGCUCGGAGUGGGGGCUUACCAACUCCAAACACUGUAAGGCGACCCAUUAUCAAGAAACUGGAAUAUAUCUUCAUUAA